AAAGUACAGCGGCUUGCUGGUGCAACAUAAUGAUUUCUCUUCAACACAUUUGAAAGUAUUUAAUAUCAGCAGAAAGUAGCUGUACAGUAAACGUGAUGUAAUGUUGAUGUUGUCAGGAGUCCCUCUGGUCUACGAGUCCUUCAACUGGCAACAUGGAGUAUUUGUUGGAGCAGCUAUGAGGUCUGAGGCCACAGCAGCUGCUGAACAUAAAGGCAAAGUGAUCAUGCACGACCCCUUUGCCAUGCAUCCGUUCUUUGGCUAUAACUUCGGCGACUACCUCGCUCACUGGCUGAGCAUGCAGAGCCGUAAGGCCCCCACUCAUCUACCCAAGAUCUUCCACGUCAACUGGUUCAGAAAGGACCCAGCAUCUGGCGCCUUCCUUUGGCCCGGCUUCGGUGAAAACGACCGCGUGCUGGAGUGGAUCUUCAAGCGCUGCAGCAGAGAGAGGGAGGACGAGGCGGCGAAGAAGAGCAUGAUCGGCUGGCUGCCAGCAGAUGGCGCCAUUGACACUAAAGGUCUGGGCGGCAAGGUGGAUAUGGGUGCCCUUAUUUUAACAGUCCUCACACUAUUCAGAGCAUUGUAGCAGUUUUCCAUCGGGGCCAAGGAAUACUAUGCAUUAUUGUUUUAGACCCUUUUGUAAUGUGAUUAAAAUGUAUGAUUUCAUCCGAUGUUUACACACAAUAUGUGAAAUGUUGGACGAAUAAAUGCGACUGAGAUUACAAAGUA